GCGACCGCGUACGGUUCACGGCCGUUUUCCCGUCAAUCGGUUUUGCUCAUGAUAAUAACAAUUACAACAACAAUAAUCAUUACUUAAUAUCGUACCAUAUCGAUACAUUAUUAUUAUUAUAUAACGUGUGCACGGUGUUCAGAUUUUGGUAUUCGUUUCAUCUCUCCGCAUUUUUAUUAUUCCGACGACGACGACGGCGUUCAUUGCCGCGAGAUUUCGCCGAAACGCAACACCGGCUCCUCGAUCGCUGCUGUAGCAGUCGUUGUUUCAGUAAAGAACUGAACGACUGCACACAGCAUCACAGCAACACAAAGACCAUAGUUAUAAAGAUAGUUGUAACGAAAAAAAUAAAAUGACUUACGACGACCUUUUGAACAAAAUCGGAGAUUUUGGGAAGUACCAGAAAAGAAUUUAUUUCUUCCUGUGUCUACCUGCCAUAUCGUGUGCUUUGCAUAAGCUGGCCGGAGUCUUUAUCCUGGCCAAAACCGAUCACAGAUGUCAAUUACCGGGUGAGCCCGAYAAUGCUUCGUAUGCUUUGCCACCUAACAUCAUGAACAUGUCAUAUCCAUUCGAUUAUAAGUUGGAUCAUUUUUCUUCAUGUAAAAUAUACGACACGAAUUUUACUGAAGCGUAUUACUUAUCCAAUAUGACGGCUAACCAGAGCAUAAACUGCCACCAGUGGAUAUACGACAAGCAUACAUUCCAGAACACCGCAGUGAUGGAGUUUAACUUGGUGUGUGAUAGAGCUUGGUAUAAAGGCACUGCGGAYUCUAUGCUCAUGGUCGGUGUCAUGUUGGGAUCGAUAAUAUUUGGAUACUUAUCGGACCGGAUUGGAAGAAAAAAUAUUUUUGUAAUAUCUGUUUGGCUGCAGGGAAUUGCUGGUUGCGGAAUGGCAUUUACACAAGAGUAUUGGAGCUUCACAUUUCUCAGAGUGCUGGUAGGAGCAUCUACUUCAGGGCUAUACCUAGCAGCUUAUGUCAUCGGUUUGGAAUUUGUUAGCCCCAAAUAUCGAAUGGUGGUUGGCGUUGUCAUACAGAUGUUCUUUUCUGUUGGAUUCCUCUUAACAUCUGGAUUUGCAUAUGCCUUCCACAAUACCUGGAGAUACUUUCAACUGGCUAUUACCAUACCGACUUUCUUCUACACGACCUAUUAUUGGUUUAUACCAGAAUCGGUGCGUUGGCUAUUGGCCAAUGAUAAACAGGAGAGAGCCGUAAAAAUUAUUCAAAAAGUUUGCAGGGUGAACGGUGUGGAGAUUUCAGACAAAGAAAUAAUUGAAAUAUUAGAAAGUGAUUAUGAGAAAAAGCCAAUAGUACAGCCCGAUACUCAAUCMAAAGCGUCGUUUUUCGAUCUAUUCAAACAUCCAGUGAUUUUGAAAAGAUCAAUCAUCAUAAUGCUUUUGUGGUUUGUAAACAGCACUGCCUAUUAUGGUCUGUCUUGGAGUACUUCCAAUCUUGGGGGAAAUCAAUAUUUUGUAUUCAAUUUAGCCGGUAUGGUAGAGUUUCCAGCUUAUAUAUUUUUGUUAUUGACGCUCAACAAAUGGGGCAGGAAGAUAAAUAUAUCGGGAUUCUUAAUAUUAGCCGGAUUAGCACUUCUAGCAACUCUAGCUGUACCCAAAACGAAUACGUGGAUGAUUAUCUUCUUUGCAAUGAUGGCUAAACUGUCCAUAACUGCGUCAUAUGGAGCUGUAUACGUCUAUACCGCAGAACAGUUUCCAACUGUAGUGCGGAAUAUGGGCUUGGGAGUAGGAUCGUUUUUCGCCAGGAUUGGAGGGAUUGUGGCACCAUACAUCAAUAACACGUCUGAAAUUUGGGUUAAUAUGCCGUUGGUUGUGUACGGCGGUCUGGCAUUGUUGGUCGGAGUAUGGUCACUUGUGUUACCCGAGACUUUAAACAGAAAAUUGCCAGACACCAUCGAAGAUCUCAUUGCUAUGUCAGAGAAGAAAUACAAGCCAGUGCUUUUGAAUGAACCAGCAACAAACGGUGACGCGAACAAGGAUAAAGACAAAUAUUKAAGUAUUAAUUAAUUUAAUAAUUAUGUAUGUAUACAAUGGUAUUUUGUAUUUUUUCACUGACAUUAUAGUUACAUGUUUUGUAWUAAUAUGAAUUAA